AUGGAUCGAAAGCUUCCUGCUGAAGCUGAAUCGCUCAGCGGUCCGUCCUCCAAACGCCCGAGGCUGGAUCUUGAAGGCGAAGGUAAUACACAUAUACCGAAAGAAUUCAAAACCGAUUUGAGUCCUACGGGAACCGCAAAUGUUGCGGAGCAACCAUUGGACCAUGAUACCAGCUGCGACAGCCCAAACAAGCCGAAAAAGAGCAAGGACAAAAACCUUCGAGGUCGCCGGAGAAGAGACGAGGCGUCUAGGGACGAAUGGCAGGCGCGAAAUCCAGACGCAUCCAAGGAGCCUCGCCUUCCUAAACGCGAAUGUGCGCUGAUGAUUGGAUUUUGUGGGUCUAAAUACAGUGGAAUGCAAUUGUGCGUUGCGUUGAAUCUUUGGGGUUCACAUCUGAACUUGUUAUGCAGUCAGAAGACACAACCUGGUCUACCUGAACAACGGACAAUAGAAGGAGAACUGUUCAAAGCCUUAGUAACAGCUGGAGCGGUAUCCAAAGACAAUUCUGAGGAUCCCGUCAAAGUGGGCCUUGCUAGGGCUGCGCGUACAGAUGCGGGUGUACACGCAGUAGGCAAUAUCGUAUCUUUGAAAAUGAUCAUGUCCGUACCGGGCGUAGAUAAUUUGUGUGCCCGUAUCAACACAUUGCUACCUCCAGAUAUCCGCCUGUGGGGAUUUCAACGCGUACAAAGAUCUUUCAAUGCCCGAUUGCUUUGUGACGCUCGCAAAUAUACCUAUUUUUUCCCGUCGUAUCUGUUGAUACCCCCGAAGCCUGGCUCGCAUCUAGAUCGUGUUUUACGGAAGCAUGCAACCUCACAAGGAUGUGAGAUACCCUGGAAUAAUGAUCCGUUCUGGAGUACCAUCGACCCCUCAACAUCUACUUGGCAAGAAGAUAUGAUACGCAAGCGAGCAUGGAGAGCAACACCAGCUCACCUUGAACGCUUACGGACUAUCAUUCAAAAGUUUGAAAAAACCCAUAAUUUCCAUAACUUCACCGUCGCCCAAGAUCCCAAAGAUAAAACGAAUAAUAGGUUCAUGAAGAAGUUACAGGUUGCAGAGCCAGCUGUUUAUGGCGAAACCGAAUGGAUCGCUGUGUCUUUGGAUGGACAAAGUUUUAUGUUGCAUCAGCGCAAAAUGAUGUUCGCAUUGGUGAUGAUUUGUCGCACCGGGACACCUAACAGCCUUUUCGAUGAGCUCUUCGAAUUGACGAGGGUCCAUAUACCGAAAAUGCCCGCAUUGGGUCUACUAUUGGAGUAUCCGGUCUUCACUGGGUAUAAUACGAGGAUAGCCAAGAAGUUGGCCCCUUCAGAUCCUGACUAUAGGGAACCGAUUGAUUUUGAGAAUUACUCGGAAGAGAUGAAUUCGUUCAAGCAGCAGUACAUAUAUGAUAAUAUGAGAAGUAUUGAAGACAGAAAGGGAUUGUUCGACGGCUGGAUCCGUUCUAUUGAUUCUUACAAAGGCAACGAUUUCCUCUAUCUCAAUCCGAAAGGCAUUAUUCCUCCAGAGGCUAUCAUUAAGAAAGGGGAACGGAGGCAAGAUCCUUUUAGGGAAAGAAAAGUGUUCAACCUCACUAGCUUUGCUGAGGAUGACAGUGAGAAGGUGCAGGUGGAGGAGUUGACCGAUGAAGCAAAUGAGGAUGCAGAAGAGUCUUUGACCAAGCAGCAGUUGGAGGAGGCGGAGGGGUAA